AAGGAAGGGGUCAUGGAAAUGGGAAGGGAAAGGGAAGGGGGGAGGGAAAGGGGACAGAGAAGGGGGAGGGAAAAUGUUUGCCGUCCACAAGUGGCUACCACNCUUUAUCAUAAAACUAAGGCACUUGCCUGUAGAGCUGUGUGUAUAAGUCCACAAGUUUUAUGA